CACAGCGAACACACCUUCUUUUUAGGCUACGAUUAUUUAUAUGCUAUUUAAGAUAGGCCUAUUGUAGUUAUUUAUUUUGAUUAAUAAUGAGACUUAUUGAAUAGCAACCAUCAUAAACCAAACCUGUGUGGUGCGCGCGUAUGAUCAGUGUUAUCGAGAUGGUAUGAACGUCACUCGGUCAAGGUCCACUCCCGAUGCGAGUACCAAGACUGGAUUGCUUUCCUAUGGGCCGAGAAAAUCUGCCUCCAGUUUUUGGAUAAAAUUCAAACAUAUUCCAUUAUUAGAGGGAUCAUUUGGGAACCUGAUUACUGUUCUAUUCUACAAUGGAAGCCCUCUGGCACUGGAAGGAGGUAGCCACACUGAAAAGAGAACUUUCAUUGACGAAAAUAUGGAUGCUUGGAUUUUGUGAAAAUGUAUGACACAAACGACAAGUGAUUCAUAAUCAUCUCAUUUCAGAGCAAUUAACGCGGAUUGCCGAAGAAAGAAAUUCGUUGCAUCAGACUGAAUGGACUGUAGGCUUAUUGAUGGCACUUUACUAGGCUAUCAGAUUUAAAUCAACAAAACUUUUUUUAUCAUAGGCAUAUUUGUGAGCUUCUGAAUCAUCAUAGGCAUAUUUGUGAGCUUCUGAAUCAUUUGGAAUCGCCCGUUUCAGAUGUAAAAAAAAAUACCAUCUCGCGGAUGUUGUGAUUCUGCCUGUUACAAGGCAAUUGACUUUACCGUAUCAUUGUCGUUUUGAAAGGCAAGGAAAUAUUCUCAUUUGGGCUACAUACUGUGGCCUUUACACAUAUGUCACUAUACUGAGUUGAACGUAAUCUGUCAUUAUGUCGGCGGUAAUGAUUGCAAGGAAGGUACGAAAAUGGGAAAAGCUCCCGGGGAAAAACACUUUCUGCUGCGAUGGACGCGUAAUGAUGGCCCGGCAGAAAGGCGUCUUCUAUCUAACCGUUUUUCUCAUCGUCGGCACCUGCUCCCUGUUCUUCGCAUUCGAAUGCCCAUACCUGGCAAUCCACCUGUCCCCUGCCAUCCCGGUCUUCGCGAUUGUCCUCUUCCUCUUUGUCAUGGCCUUGCUGCUAAGGACCAGCUUUAGUGACCCGGGGGUGUUGCCGCGCGCACUUCCCGAGGAGGCCACCUUCAUUGAGAUGGAAAUUGAGGCGGCUAAUGGGAACGUCCCGGCUGGGCAGCGGCCUCCACCUCGGAUCCGCAACGUCCAAAUCAACGGGCAGAUCGUCAAACUGAAGUACUGCUACACCUGCAAGAUCUUCCGACCGCCUCGCGCCUCACACUGCAGUAUCUGUGACAACUGUGUGGAUCGUUUUGACCAUCACUGCCCCUGGGUGGGCAACUGUGUGGGCAAGAGGAACUACCGCUACUUCUACCUGUUCACUCUGUCCCUGUCCCUGCUUACCAUCUACAUCUUCACCUUCGCCAUCGUACACGUGGUGAUGCGCUCGGUGGACUCUGGGUUUGUGAAGACACUACAAGACACACCUGGGACUGUGCUGGAAGUGUUGGUGUGCUUCUUCACCUUGUGGUCAGUAGUGGGACUGACGGGCUUCCAUUCUUAUCUUAUCUCCCUCAACCAGACCACCAAUGAGGAUAUCAAAGGCUCAUGGUCGGGAAAGAACCGGCUGCAGAACCCCUACAGCCACAAGAACAUUGUCAAGAACUGCUGUGAAGUGUUAUGUGGGCCUGCAUACCCCAGUGUCUUGGACAGAAGAGGACUGACGCAGGAUGAUUUGCCUGUUCCCGCAUCCACUGCCACCCAGAGCAAUCCAGUGCCACAGACCACAAAAACUACAGCUCCGCUCAUCCCCAACGAGCACACCCCCGACGACGCCAAGCCCAGCAUCGCAGACUCGGCCAUCGCCCACGCAGAGAAAAGAAGCCCCUCCCCCAAGAAGGAGAUACCGCCCACUCCCACCAAAGUCCCGCCCCUGGCCUCACCUGAAACUGACGUGGAGGCCUCCGUCAUUAUCGCCAAGGAGAAGGCGCUCUAGCUGCGUGGUGGGGGUGGAGACUCCUUCCUUGCCCCGCCCAAAGUCAGUUUAUCAAUAAAACGCUCUGUCUGGACCAGUGAGGAGACACUUUAAUCAACCUCUAUACGAGUGAAAAGCAUCUAUCUGCCUGUAAUGAGUGGGGAAUGACCGCAAGGCUCUGACUCCCUGCUCAUUCCACCAGAUAUGUAGAGUUGGUGCCCACACCAAACCCUGCCUCCCCCCUAACUCAGUGACUGCAGGACUGCUUGAUUGACAUUCACACUCCAGAAGGGUGGGGUUGGGUAUUGGGGGCUGGUGGCUCAGCACCUUUCUCGUUGCCCUGAACAUUGUGUGGAAAAACACAAGAGGAUGGUGAAACUGUGGGAAGAACUGCGAUAUCACUGGAUGCAGAUGACUGUUUAUCCCCGGGUAGUGUGAGGCUGAGGGUGUCCUAAAAUGUGCACCGUACCCAUGCGCCUCUGGCUUAUGGCUACCUGUGGACUCGCUCUGAUUUGUUAAUUCAACUUUUUCUGUCUUUUUUGUUUUGUAGCUGUGAUGAUGACUUUUAAAAUGUGAAAAAGCCAGUUCUAACAUACUAGCUUUUGUGUUGUAAAUCCUCUUAACACAUACACACUAUUAGACCGUUCUCAUCUUCUCUACUGAACCACACGAACAGCCCCCUAUGCAAUUAAUGGGAAAGUUGGCCGUUUGGAUAAUGAGAAUAUAAGGACUGACAACUAGUUUAGGGUGUGUUUUAACAGUAAAACAUAGUGGCGAAAGGAAACACUUUACCAUCCUUUACGGUUGAGAUGGAGGCAAUAUCUCAGCCACCAUUUUGUCUCUUCCGGGAAGUGAAACUACACUACCUGAUUCCCACUGAUAUUGCUGCAUCUAGUUCUAUCCUAAUGAACAUCUCUGACUAGAUUUGUUGAGAUGAAGGUGCAGCCUCGGCUACCGUCCUUCCAUUUUUAUACUGUUAUAGCAAAAAGGUAAAAUAUUCUGGAAUAAUUGAACAUCCACAUUUCCGCAGACCGUUUGCAGGGGCACGCUCAGAGUUCCUGUAUCUAGCAUUAGAAAUAGACACUUUGUCACUGUCCCAGAGUGUGUCUGGGUAGGCGUUUGUGUCAGUGUUGGGGGCAUUUCAAUUCAGUCAAUUCAGAAAGUAAAAUUAAAUAAAUUUUCCAAGGGAGAAAAAAAGUUGACCCUCUGAAUUGACUGAAUUUAUGUUGGAAACCCCAACCUGUGUGUGUGUGUGACAGAGAAGGCCUGAUUGCUGCUGACAGUAGACACUAGUUACAGUGCCUUAUCAAGAAGCUGCACUAUCACAUGCGACUAUAGCUAUAAGGUUGUCUAUCUACAGAGAGACCCUUAGACUCCAGUUCAUGACUCAGCACUCCAAAUCGUACAUUGCAGACUGUCCAACGAGAAAUAACGUCGCUUUUUUAUAGUUACCAAUGAGACUGCAAAAAAAGAUGAAGUAAAGCCAUUGGUUAAAUGUACAUACCGUAUGUAGGUGUUAAAAAAACAAACUUGGAUCUAUUUCUGAUGAAGAUUGUCUCUGUUUUUAGAAAGUGCAUGUGUCCAAUGUUAGAUAUUUGCCUGUGUAUGAAGGCCUGCCUUGCUUCUUGCAAGUCAUGCAACUCCUGAAUUUGUCCUCCUAGCUUUCACUGUCAACGUGGUGUCCUUGCUCCAUGUCAUGAUCCAUUGAUGAGGAAAGCUUUCAUUGUUUCCACUCCUCCAUGCCUCGCUCUUUCGCGUCCUUUCUUCCCGCUCCAUCUUUCCCGGGGAAGAUAUUCAGUUCCCCAGGCAACAGAGUCACGGCCAAAGCCAUCCGUGACAGGCUCAUUAUCAAACCGAAAAAUCAAGACACUGAAGCUGCUUUCUCUCUCUUUCUCCUUUCCACACAUUCUGUUCAUUUCACACCAAAUGGAGCAGAGGAUUAUGGGGGUUUGUGAGAGGUGGGCAAGGUGGUUGAGAAUUUCAGGUGCUUCAGCCCAAGACAACUCGAAGGGACAAGGAUUCACAAAGGGAUAGUCAGUGAGACUGGCUUGCUUGACUGUUGGGUUGAUAUGUUAAACUGAUAUUGAUUGGAGAGAGUUUGUAUUGCGCUUUGUGUUGUAUGCAAGGCCGAGUAAUUGUGAUGUGUACUUGUGUAGAAACAAUUAGUAUAACAACGUUGACAGUGUCGUUCAGCCUUUUCAUAUGCCCAAGAUAAUUGUACCCCACGAUGAAGAGGGGACUGCAGAUCUGUCUCCGUCCUUUCAUUCAUACGUUAGUCACACGCGAUAUCUCAGACCGCACUGGCCCUAUUUUGAUGAAGCUUUGGUGAAUGAUGUAUCUUGCCAUAGAGAUCCAGUAUUUACUAAAUUAUACUGAUUGGCCCAAAGUGAAAAUGUGUUUAGUCACACGCAUUCUCUCAAUUGGCCCAAAUGAGGGCAGUGCAUCAUUCGUGGGGGAUGACAUGUUUACUAUUGCCUUAUUUAUAUAUGACCGGAACAGAAUGAUACUGAAAUAAUCCGAUUUUAAUGAAUGAAAAGGAUGGCGGAGCUACUGUAUAUGGCCAAGCAGUGGGUUUAUACUUUUGUUGAUUUCAUUUCACAAAGAUUGUCCUUUCCAGUGAAAAAGUGUAUUUGUAUUGGAAACGUGAGUAGGGGAGUUACUAGUUGUUUCCAUCUAGGCCCUUGCAGUGUUUUUAUCACUUUAUUUUAAAUCUGGAGUAGACUAUCAAACAAUCCAGUGACAGUCAUGGAAGGGGUUAUUUUAAGGAAGGAAAGAUAAAAGCCAAAUCCAUAUUCACUUGCGUAGUCUACAGAUUCUGGAAGGAUACUUGUGCCGUUGCCCCUAGACGCUGGUCAGGGUCAGUUUAGAAUUUGCCCCACCAAUGGUCUCUGCGUCCAGUAUGAAUGAAGUUGGAGGUAGUUUCGCUAGGCAAUGCUAACUAGAGUUAGCAACUUCCUUCAAACUGCACGCAGACACACACAAGUGGUAUCCAUGAGUUCUUCUGACUCUGGGGAAGUAGAUAAAGGUCCUCAUUGACAAAAUCCCAAAGUAUCCCUUUAAGGUUAGGAUUGGGGGAGGGGAAGCCGAUCCUACUAUAGAUCUGUACCUAGGGGAAGUUUUACCCCGGAGCUGCUGAGAAUGUAAGCCGCCUUGUGAAAUGGACAACAUGGAGGUUUUAAUCAAAUAGUGGUGUACAGUAUUUCCUGAAUUUGUGUGUGUAUUGAGAAGGACUUUCAGGAAAUGUAUUCAUUUUCUUUUUUGAUCUAUUUUUGUCUUUCGGAGCAGUUGUUAAGUCUACCCUCAAACCAAUCCUAUCAAUUUAAGUUGAUUAGUUUUCUUUCCCCUGAAUAGUAUUAAGUUCUAGCCAGUUCUCUCUCAGUAGAUAACUGUGCUGCUGCAUUGAUGUCAAUGGAAAGUGUGACCGUAUUGGUGAUUGUGAUUUAACAAAUGAAAAAGGGAAUGUUCAUGUUAAAGUUUAUGCUGGUUGAAAGGUAAUUGGACCAUUGUACUAUUAAUGUUAUCGCUAUGGGCAUAUAGUAAUAGUCUAUACAAUGACUUGGUAAGUUUGGACUUUUUUCUCUCAAUGUUUGGAUGUAUGAUUUUGAUUUAUAGUGUGAAAAGUACGUGACGAGGGUCUCCGAUCUGAAUGCUCUGAUCUACAUAACACCGUACAUUAUACAGUAGAUACAAUACCACUGAUGGAAUACUAUUUAUGUUCACUUUGUUUAGUAAUAACAUUGUGAUUACGUAUAUUUCAUGAUAUUUCUCACUUCUUUUUACAUGAUUGAUUGACAUUUCUGCUAAUUGAAUGAUAUUGUCAUUAUUAUUAA